AUGGAUCCUAAUGAAGAGAGGAGAUCUAUGAAGGCGAAUAAGGCUCUCUACGAUAGUCUUCAUUUUCUUACAAACUCAAUGCAAGGUAUUCAAGAAAGGUGUGUAUGUGGGGAACGCUUAGUGCGCGAGAGAGCUCCAGCAGAAGUCUUUGACUACCUACCAGGGAAGAGGUUCUUCACCUGCAGCAAGUACAAAGAUGAUGGAAUACAUUACAGGCAGUCCUGGGUCUGUGUAGUCGAGGAAGAGCUAGGGAUCUUGAAAACAUGGUUGGAAUCACUUGAAGAGCAUAAAUCCAUGGUGGUAAAGUUGGAAGUCGAGAAUCAUGAGCUUAAGGCAGAGGUGGAGAAGCUCAUUGCCCGAGUGUCUGAGCUUGAGUAUGCAGCAUUGAUUGUGUUCUAUCUUUCUACUGCAUUGAUUGGUCUUUAA